AUGGCGACACGCCUCGCCUCCAUCUUCUCGCCCGUGCGCAGUCCCACCUCCGCCCCGGCCCACCUUCUCCACCGCGCUCUCCCCAGCUUCAGCCACCGGCGAGCGCAUCCCUCGCAGUCCCGCAUGUCCUCCUCUUCAGCCGCCUCCUCCGCGCCGCCCGCCGCGGCGGCGGCCGGCGGCGAGAAGCCUGCGGUGGCGCCGUACGGGUCCUGGAGGUCGCCCAUCACUGCUGACGUCGUCUCCGGCGCGGAUAAGCGCCUCGGCGGUAUCGCCCUCGCUGGGGAUGGGCGCCUUCUCUGGAUCGAGGGCCGCCCCGAGGAGAAAGGGCGUAUGGUUAUUGUAAAGGAGGAGGAUAAUCCUGUGGAUGUCAUACCUCAGGAAUUUGCAGCACGCACCCUGGCUCAAGAAUAUGGAGGUGGUGCAUUUGCAGUUGACAAGAGUGUUGUUGUGUUCUCAAAUUACAAGGAUCAACGUCUAUACAAGCAAACAUUAGGAAUUGGUGCUCCACCUGUGCCUCUUACACCCGAUUAUGGUGCGCCGAAUGUCAGUUAUGCUGACGGUGUAUUUGAUCCUCACUUCAGCCGUUAUGUUACUGUGGUGGAAGAUCGUCGAAAGGAUAGCUUGAAUCCCACCACAACAAUUGCUGCUAUAGACUUGAGUGGCAGUGAUGUUCAUGAACCAAAGGUGUUGAUCAGUGGCAAUGAUUUCUAUGCAUUUCCUCGCAUUGAUCAAAAUAAAAAGCGGAUAGCAUGGAUUGAAUGGAGCCAUCCAAACAUGCCCUGGGAUAAAUCAGAACUCUGGGUUGGUUACUUCGCUGAGAGCGGAGACUUGGCCAAACGGGUCUGUAUUGCCGGUGGCAAUCCACUGCUGAUUGAAUCUCCUAGUGAACCUAAAUGGUCUCCCAAAGGAGAACUGUUUUUUGUUACUGACAGAGGGAGUGGAUUUUGGAACAUUUAUAAAUGGGUUGAACAAACCAAUGAGAUUGUACCAGUGUAUUCACUAGACGCUGAAUUUACAACACCAUUGUGGGUUUUUGGCAUCAGCUCGUAUGAUUUUCUUGGAAACAGCGACCACAUUGUUUUCAGUUAUAGGCAGAAAGGAAGGUCACAUCUUGGUGUGCUUGAUUGUGAUUCAGGUUCUGUUUCAUUGCUUGACAUCCCUUUCUCUGAUUUAUCUGAUGUGGUUGCUUCAGAUGAUUACUUCUAUAUUGAAGGUGCUUCUGCAAGUAUUCCACGGUCGAUUGCUAAGGUGACAUUAAAUGAGAGCAAAACAAAAGUAGUCAAUUUCUCAAUAGUCUGGUCCUCCUCACCGGACCUCGUACAAUAUAGACCUUUCUUCAGCACACCAGAACUUGUUGAGUUCCCUACAUCCAAACCUGGCCAGAAAGCUUAUGCCUAUUUCUACCCACCGUCAAAUCCCAAUUUUCAAGGUUUGGCUGAUGAAAAACCUCCGUUGCUUGUCAAAACACAUGGAGGACCUACUGCUGAAACACGUGCAAUUCUGGACCUCAGUGUCCAGUAUUGGACAAGUAGAGGUUGGGCAUAUGUGGAUGUCAACUAUGGAGGAAGCACUGGUUAUGGAAGAGAGUAUCGGGAGAGACUAUUGGACAAAUGGGGUAUUGUCGAUGUUGAUGAUUGCUGCAGCUGUGCGAGAUUCUUGGUGGAGAGUGGCAAAGUAGAUGGGCAGCGCCUUUGUAUUACUGGCAGAUCAGCAGGUGGAUACACUACUUUAGCUGCACUUGCAUUCAGAGACACGUUCAAGGCUGGAGCUUCUCUGUAUGGUGUUGGGGACUUGACUCUGUUGAGAGCAGAGACACACAAAUUUGAGUCCCAUUAUAUGGACAAUCUUGUAGGAAAUGAAAGAGCAUACUAUGAGAGAUCACCAAUCAACUUUGUCAACCAGUUUACGUGUCCAGUCAUUUUGUUUCAAGGGUUAGAGGAUAAGGUUGUGCCACCAGAUCAGGCACGCAAAAUAUACAAUGCCUUGAAAGAGAAAGGGUUGCCUGUUGCUUUGGUGGAAUAUGAAGGAGAGCAGCAUGGGUUCCGCAAGGCAGAGAACAUCAAGUUCACCUUGGAGCAAAUGAUGGUGUUCUUUGCGAGACUAGUUGGGAAAUUUGAGGUGGCAGAUGAUAUAACUCCAAUCAAGAUUGAGAACUUCGAUUGA